CUGGAAUGUAGACACAAAUAUAGAACAUACUCCAGAGUCCAGGUUAACUGCUUGGUGAAAAAUUCUCAAGAAAAGUUGCUGUUCUCGCGUGAUAGUGGCAACAAUAAUUGAAAUUAUGCUAUUUAUGGAAGAAGAGGGAAUUUACUUUGGUAGUGUCCGACAGGUUAUGGAUUCAGCUGGUGUAAAAGUGCACAACCGGUGGCAGUGGACAUACGUGGCACUGUAGUUUUUGAUAUUAUUCUCAAGAACAUGUUUCACCGAGUGUUUCACCGUUUGCGUUUAAUGUUUGGGAUUCGUUCGAAAUCACUUUUUGUAGUGUUGUAUUUGGCUGGCGUAGCCCUAAUAUUUUAUAUUGGAUUGUAUUCGGCGAGCAUUGUUAUUGUUGAUAACACUUUUUGUGGAUGUACUAAUACUUGUAUAAACAAAACGCCGAUAACAGAAAAUAAGGAUAAUUUGCUACAAUUCAAAGUAAGCAAUAGAUUAAAUCCUGAGGUUAAGCGCACGAAGGUAUUUUUGCUGAUAAUAAUAUUGACUGGGCCAAGCAAUAUUGAAAGAAGAAAUGCGAUGAGAUUUACUUGGUUGAAUGCGACUAGAUUGACAUCUGUCAGUAAGAGAUUUGUUAUUGGUAUCUAUGAUUUGGACAACAAGACAAAGAUGUCACUUCAACGAGAACAAAAAAUGCAUGGAGACAUGUUGUUCUUGCAAGACUUAAAGGAUGCAUACAACAAGCUCACUAGGAAGUUACUGAGUGCUUUAUUGUGGAUUAAUGAAAAUGUAGAAUCUUCCUUUGUUAUGAAAGUCGAUGAUGAUACAUUUGCUAACUUGUUAGUCAUUGAACAGGAACUGAAAACAAAGUAUUAUGGGAUUGAUAAUUUAUAUUGGGGUUUUCAUCGUGGUAGCGCAAGUGUAAAAAAAAGUGGUCCAUGGGCUGAACCUAAAUGGAUACUUUGUGAUCGAUAUUUACCAUAUGCCCUUGGUGGAGGUUACAUUUUGUCAAUGAAGCUGGUUGAAUACAUUGCUAAUAUCUCAUCAUUCCUUGUACUAUACAAUAGUGAAGAUGUCUCAUUAGGUACUUGGCUCAGUCCAAUUCAGUUAACAAGGGUGCAUGAUCCAAGAUUUGAUACAGAGUCGAUGUCUCGUGGUUGCAAAAAUGCUCACAUUGUCAGUCAUAAGCAAUCUAUAAAAGAUAUGUAUGAUAAAUUUAAUAUGUUGAAAAAUCAUGGAAAGCUUUGCAUGAAGGAAGAGUUUAUCAGGAUGUCCUUUAUUUACUCUUGGAAUGUCCCACCAUCACAAUGUUGUGAAAGGAGAAAGGGCAUUCCUUAACAAUAUUUACUGACCUAAGUCAACAAGUCUAACAAUAUUUACUGACCUAAGCCUAACAGUUCACUUACUGUGACUACAGAUUGUGUAUCUUCACCCUUUACAUAGUGAAACUCUAAAUAAUUAACCUUAAUAAUAUUUUUUGUUCCAGUAUAUAAAUUAAUAGUUCACACUAUUUAUUCUCUGAAUAGCAGUCUUAUCAUUGAAUUAAGAGUAGAAAUAAUGGUAGUGAUAACAAUUAUGCCAUACAUAUCUUACAUAAAAUUAAAAACUGGUUAGUGUGAACAAAAAUCACUUCGUCUUCAACCUUGCUGUACCUUUUCUCCACAGCCCACCCUACAGCAUUAUGGUAUGAUACCAUAGGUUAGGUAUGUAUUUCAUCACGAGCACUAUUGAAACCAGGAAGGGUUGAUAUGCUUACUUUCUUCGCUAAAAAUUGUAAAUAGAUUUAACUUAAAUCUUGUAAAUGUCUACAAAAUUUUUAU